CUAUAAGACGUUCUUGUCCGAGGACGCUGGUCCUGACACUCUGGUGGCCAUUGUUCACGCCAAUGACCCUGAUGGAGACGGGGUCUCUUACGCCAUCACUGGGGGCAACGAGGACAGUAACUUUGAGCUGGACAACCAGAAGGGCAUCAUCAAACUGCGCCGAGCCCUCCUAUCCCUGCGUGGCCCCCAGUACAUCCUCAACAUUACCGCCACUGAUGACAACGCGGCAGACGGACCCUAUCCCCUCAGUAACUCCGCCCAGGUCAUAGUGGGCAUCAACGACAUCAACAACAACAAGCCUGUCUUUGAAGAGUGCCAUAACUACAGCGUCAACACUGGUGUCCUGGAGAACCAGCCCCCUGGGACGUUUGUCCUGCGUGUGCACGCCCUUGACGCAGACAUGGGGGUCAACGGAGAGGUCAAAUACGGGAUCAUGCACCGAGAUGGGACAUCAUCCGGCUUCGUCAUCAAUUCUGACACAGGUGUGAUCAGCACCACGGUGAGUUUCGACCGCGAGCGCCAGAGAGAGUAUGCCCUGUCUGUCACGGCGACAGACUUGGCCCAGGAGCCCCUCAUCAGCAUCUGCCAGAUCACCAUCCUCAUCACCGACCAGAACGACAACGACCCCAAGUUUGAGAACAGCCGCUACCAGUACUUCCUGCGCGAGGACACGCCGGUGGGUACUAGCUUCCUGCGAGCGGCGGCACACGAUGACGACCAGGGGAGUAACGCGGCUAUCACCUACUCGCUGUCCCGUCAGCAGCCGGCCUACCUGCACAUCAACCCCAGCACAGGCUGGGUGUACGUCAACCACCCCAUCUCACAGACGUCGAGGAUCAGCCAGCAGAUCGUGGCCACAGACGGGGGCAACAGGAGCAGCUCUGUGGAGCUGACCGUCAUCAUCACCAACGUGCACAACCAGCCGCCCCAGUGGGGGCAGCUAGAGUACUGGGUCACCGUGCCCGAGAACACAGUUCGCGAUGCCAAGAUAGUGACUAUCAAGGCCACCUCUCCGCUGGGUGACCCCAGAGUGACCUAUAACCUUGAGGAGGGUCAGGUCCCGGAGACCAACAUGCCUGUCCGCUUCUACAUCAAACCCAACAGGGCUGAUGGCUCUGCAUCCAUACUGGUGGCUGAACCUCUGGACUAUGAGACCACGUGCUUCUUCACACUAAGGGUCAGAGUGCAGAACGUAGCUGCUGUUCCACUGGCCUCUUUUACUACCGUCUACGUCAAUGUUACAGAUGUAAACGACAACGUUCCCUUCUUCCUGUCCUCCACCUAUGAGGCUACCAUUCCAGAGGGGGCAGAGAUCGGAACAUUGGUGGCCCAGGUUUCUGCUACGGACCUUGACUCAGGCCUCCAUGGAAUGAUAAACUAUGUGAUCUUGAAGGACGAGAGUGGAGACUCUCAGUACUUCAGUAUUAACUCCUACACUGGGGUCAUACACACCCGGGCCUCGUUUGACCGUGAGCAGAAAGGUUCCUACCUCAUAGAGGUCCAGUCUCAGGACAGCUCAGAGUCAGCCAGGCCUGGACAGCAGGGCCAGCCCAACACUGGUGGGUGUAAUGACUUUAGAACACGGCCUACGUACGGAUCCGCUGACGGACGUCAACGACAACGCUCCAGCUUUGCCCAAUCGGUGUACGAGGUGAGCGUGGAGGAGGACAAGGAG